GGCCAUAAAAUGUGCCUGGGUUUUCUUCUGCACUGACAUUGUCACACUCUCAUUGCCUUGGAGUAGUCUUUGGAGGAACAGAUUUACACUAGAUUAAAUCAUAAAAAGGAAAUACUUAGAAGCUUACAAUGUCUGAGUCGUAACGACCCAAAUCUAAGAUUACGGCAUCCAGGAGGUUGUUCUUAAAGACAAAGCUGCUGAAGAAAGCAACCUCUAUGCUUGUAACUGAAAAAGAAGAAAAGCAGAGGGAGAGAGAGACCACCUUGCGUGAGAGAGUGCCUCCUUUACAACUGUCCGGUCUGUCUGUUCAAGAUCUUCAGGCUCUCUGUAGAGACCUCCAUCAAAAGAUUGAUGUUGUCGAUGAAGAGAGAUAUGACGUCUCCGUCAAAGUGGCCAAAAAUGAAAAGGAGAUUACAGAUUUGACCAUCAAGAUUACCGAACUUAAAGGUAAAAUGAAGAGACCUGCACUGAAGAGGGUGAAAAUCUCUGCCGAUGCCAUGUUGGGUGCUCUUUUGGGCUCCAGGGUCAAAGAGUCUGUGGAUUUCAAAGCCAACCUCAAGACAGUCAAGAAAGAAGAGGAAAAGAAAGAAGAGGUGACUGACUGGCGUAAGAACGUGGAGGCCAUGUCUGGAAUGGAGGGCAGGAAGAAGCUGUUUAAUGCGGCACAAUAGAAGAUACAUUUAAAAAACUUGAUGGUUUGUUUGUCAAUGAUUGUCUUUUGAUUGAGAAUGUCUUACUUCAAAUAUUGUAUUAAAUAUUGCAUAUGCAUUGAUUUAUACACUUUAAGCACUGAAUUUUAUUUGUUUUCUUUCAGGUAACAACUACACCAGAAUUAAUAAACUUAUUAAAAUUAAUGUAUAAAUCAAUGCAAGUUCAUAAAACACAUAUAUCCUAUUGUAAUAAUAUCUUAGGAUUAUGACUUAAUAUUUUAUUUUAGUUAAAAAGAAA